ACAUGCCUCAUCUUCAGCGGUCCGGCAGGAGCUAAUCCAUGAGGUUCAAUCUGGCUAAGUAAUUGGGGGAAUGUGUCAACUCUGAAUUACAAUGAGCAGCCGGGAAGGCUCGUCAGCUGACUAAUCAGGAAGAGUGGGUGUUUUUGCUGUGCUGCCACGCUGGUAAUGGAAGCAGCUACGGUAGCUUUGUUUGAUAGAGAUUUUUGGCUGCCGUUUUUAAAUACUACCCAAGAAGCAGCUCAUAUUUCAUCCGUGUUGCACUGACAACUGGAAAAGAAGAGUGUUAUUGUGUAUAGGCGAGAUGGCAGAGGCAACUCCCCCGAGAGGCAAGAUGAGGUUCAGAAGGAAUGCGGUUUCUUUUCCUGGGAACUUGCACUUGGUGUUGGUUCUACGUCCCAGCAGUUUUCUUCAAAGGACUUUCACAGACAUUGGAUUUCGAUUUAGUCAGGAGGAUUUCAUGCUGAAGUUACCAGUGGUUAUGCUGAGCUCAGUUAGUGAUUUGCUGACAUACAUUGAUGACAAGCAGUUAACCCCUGAGUUAGGCGGCACCUUGCAGUACUCCAACAGUGAAUGGAUCAUCUUCAGAAAUGCUAUAGAAAAUUUUGCUCUCACAGUGAAGGAAAUGGCUCAGAUGUUGCAGUCCUUUGGAACUGAACUGGCGGAGACAGAACUGCCAGAUGAUAUUCCUUCAAUAGAAGAAAUCCUUGCGCUUCGUGCCGAGAGGUAUCACAUGUUAAAGAAUGAUAUUACAGCUGUAACCAAAGAAGGAAGAAUCCUCCUCACAAGUCUGGAAGUGCCUAGCAUUGAAGAUGUCGUCAGUUCAAGACUUGAACGUCGGCCACAAAUCAAUGGUGACUGGCAAACCGUUAAUAAAUUGCUGACUCAAGUACAUGAUAUGGAAAUAGCUUUUGAUGGAUUUUGGGAAAAACACCAACUAAAAAUGGAGCAGUAUCUGCAACUAUGGAAGUUUGAGCAGGAUUUUCAAGAGCUCGUGAGUGAAGUCGAACUUCUGUUAAACCAACAAGCAGAGCUGGCAGACGUCACCGGGAACCUAGGUCAAGUAAAACAAAAAAUUAAAAAGUUGGAAAACUUAGAUGAAAAUUCUCAGGAUCUGUUAGCAAAGGCCCGCUUUGUGAUAUUACACGGACACAGACUUGCUUCAAAUCACCAUUAUGCACUUGAUUUGAUCUGCCAGAGGUGCAAUGAACUCCGUUACCUUUCUGAUAUUUUGGUUAAUGAGAUUAAAGCCAAACGGAUACAGCUCAGCAGGAUCUUCAAAAUGCAUAAACUCCUGCAGCAGGCUCAUCAGUGCUGUGAUGAAGGAGAAUGCCUUCUAGCUAACCAAGAAGUAGAGAAGUUUCAGUCUAAAGAAGAUGCUCAGAAAGCCCUCCAAGACAUUGAAAAUUUUCUUGAAAUGGCUCUGCCCUUUAUCAAUUACGAUCCUGAUACCCUACAGUAUGAAUUUGAUGUAAUUUUAUCACCCGAGCUUAAGGUGCAAAUGCAGACAGUGCAACUCAAGCUUGAAAACAUUCGGAGUAUAUUUGAGAACCAACAAGCUGGGUUCAGGAACCUGACGGACAAGCGUGUGAAGCCAAUCCAGUUUGUGGUACCUGCUUCUGACAGUUUGAUCAGAUCCGGAGUACCCUUUUUGUCACCGAAACAUGUGGGAGUUGGAUACUCUUUCUUUCAAGCAUGUAAACUUUUUUCAAAAGGGAAGAAGAGUUGGAGACAAAAUCAGAGCAACUUAAAAAUCGAAGUGGUGCAUGAUUGUCGGGAGCAGAGAAAUCCUGGUCAAUCCUCCAGUCUGGACAACGACAAUAGCUUGGAUAUUUUACAGAACCACGUCCUAAAUGAGCUGAUACAGACAGAGAGGGUCUAUGUUCGCGAGCUGUUUACUGUUUUGUUGGGCUACAGAGCGGAGAUGGACAAUCCUGAGAUGUUUGAUCUUAUGCCACCUCUCCUGAGAAAUAAAAAGGAUGUCCUCUUUGGAAAUAUGGCAGAAAUCUAUGAAUUCCAUAACGACAUUUUCUUGAGCAGUCUGGAAAAUUGCGUUGACGCUCCAGAGAGAGUGGGACCUUGUUUCCUCGAAAGGAAAGAUGAUUUUCAGAUGUAUGCAAAAUACUGUCAGAAUAAACCCAGAUCAGAGGCAAUUUGGAAGAAGUAUUCAGAAUGCGCCUUUUUCCAGGAAUGUCAAAGAAAAUUAAAACACAGGCUUGGUCUGGAUUCCUAUUUACUCAAACCCGUGCAACGAAUCACUAAGUAUCAGUUACUGUUAAAGGAGCUGCUGAAAUAUAGCAACGGCUGCCAAGGGAUUGAACAAUUAAAGGAGGCUGUGGACACAAUGCUGGAUUUACUGAAGUCACUUAAUGACUCCAUGCAUCAGAUCGCAAUAAAUGGCUAUAUUGGAAACUUAAAUGAACUGGGCAAGAUGGUAAUGCAGGGAGCAUUCAGUGUUUGGACUGGACACAAGAAAGGUGCUACAAAAAUGAAGGAUUUUGCUAGAUUCAAACCAAUGCAGCGGCAUCUGUUCUUGUAUGAAAAAGCCAUUGUCUUUUGUAAGAGGCGCGUUGAAAGCGGAGAAGGGUCUGAUAGAUAUCCAUCGUACAGCUUUAAGCACUGUUUGAAAAUGGAUGAAGUUGGCAUCACUGAAUACGUAAAAGGAGAUAACCGCAAGUUUGAAAUCUGGUAUGCUGGCAAGGAAGAAGUUUAUAUUGUCCAGGCUCCGAAUGUCGAUGUGAAAAUGACAUGGUUAAAAGAGAUAAGAAGUAUUUUGUUGAAGCAACAGGAACUUAUGACAGUUAAAAAACGAAAGCAACACAAUCAGUUAACACAACAGGAUCAGCUUCCUACUCAGCAGAUUGAUGCAAGGCAACACGGAUCCUUUAUGGGUGCCGAGGAGACUGAAUCAGAACACGGCAGCGCUGUGGUGGACGUCCGGGAGACCAUCCCACUGGUUAAGGCCAAAGCGAACACAGUUUGGACCCAGAUGUCAGCACCUGCAGAAAUUUCUGAAGACCCUGAGGAGUGGUCAAGCAACUAUUUCUAUUCUUCUUAUGAUGACAAUGAAGAAGAAGAAAGGCCCCUAAUGUCUCCAGGCAAUUACAAAGCCCUAGCAGAUGGCAGGAAGAGAGGCCCAGAAGACCUCCUGAUCAGAAAUGGAGAUGUCUUUCAGUUUCUUCAUGAAGAUGCCGAAGGUCAAUGGUUGGUGAAAAAUCUAAACAGAAGAAAAGAAGGUCUGAUUCCCGGGAAUACUUCGCAGAUUUUAAUUGGUGACUAUAGGUUUCGGAAUGCCAAAGUUACAGGUAUAAUAUGAACAGACUGUAUACUGUUUGUUUAAAGGCUAGCAGUUUUAAAGCUUCACCAAGGAUGCAGUCGACAUAGGCAAGAACUUCUCUGCACUUAGAAAUAGAGCUGCAAGCAUAUUAUGUUGGCUAGGAUUUUAUUUUAUUUUUUUCCUUUCAUAGCUUUAAAAUAAUGAAGAAAGAUUUUUAAAACAUGUUACACUUUUCCCUACGAGGUUGACUGGUAUGGAAGAGAGUCUCAGAUACCAAGGUGUCUUGUAAGAGAUCCUUCAGAACUAAAUACUGAUGAUGUGCUUUUAAAGUACCGGCCUUAUACUGUCCAAGAACGCUUUACCAGUGUAUUUCA